UCUCUGUAGCUGAAUCGGCGUCCCCCUCACCCCUAACCGGCGGCGGCGGCGCUCAUCCCUAACCGGCGGCCACCGGCGACGCCCCGACGGCCGGUUCCCCACCUCAGCCCCCGUCCACCGUCUUCACCCCGGCGGCCGUCCAUCUCUCCCGCCGCGGCCGAUAGCUGCAGGUCCGCCACCGCUGUGCCGCCGCGCCGCAGCUCCGCGUCGCCGCCGACGGCUCAUCAUCUCCGCGCCUCGCGCGCGUGGCCGCCGUCGCCCGUCCCCGUUCCGCCCCGCCGCGCCCCUGCUGCCUCCGCCCCGGCCAUCUAGAUCCGCCGCCCCUGUCUGGCCUCGGACCGGAUGGACCUCUCCGUCACGCUGGCCCUGAGCUCCCCCACGGAGCAUGGGGAGCAGCUGAGGAGGCGCCAGCACUCAUUAUCAGAGCUGACUUAUGCAAGAGAUGAAGACGCAACAAAACUUGAGACCACGCGUGCACGGCUGUUAAAUGUUCUCAAAAGGCAUGAAGAUCUGAAAGAGCGCCUCUCGCGGGAUUCUGAUAAGCUGAUUUUUGAGCGUCUACAGAAAGAAUUUGAGGCUGCACGAGUUGCACAAACCGAAGAGAUUUCAAUAGAUGAUGAGCAGUGGAAUGAUGGCUUGCUGGCAACUAUCCGUGAGAAGGUCCAUAUAGAGGCUGAAAGGAAGGCGAUGGUCAACCUGGCAAAUGUUCCAACAGACUCUCAAUUUCAAUCAAGGACGACUUAUAGAAUCAGAAAUAAGGUUAUCUAUUGUUUGGAUGGUGCCAGAAUUGGUAUACAGUAUGAGACAUUCUUCGCUGGAGAGCCUUGUGAAAUUUAUCAUUGUGUUUUGGAGAGCAAGUCAUUCCUUGAAAAGAUGACUGUGACUGAACACACCUUACCUUUCUUUCUGCCGAUUCGAGAAGUAGAAACUGAUCACCUGUCAUCUAACGCCAUCAGGUUUAUUGAUCAUCUUGAAGAAAUUUUGCAGUCGUAUAUUGACAGGAGAGAACAGGUUCGUCUUAUCAAGGAGCUCUAUGGCAACCAAAUUGGGGAAUUGUUCUACAGUCUUCCAUAUACCUUGAUAGAGUUUACAUUGGAAGAUUUUGAAUGCAAGGUUACAGUGAGUAUCCGAUAUUCAGAUCUAAUCUUGACGCUGCCUAGUCAGGCGAGGGUCUUGGCGUGGCCGCUUCGCUCUGCAAAGAGAAUAUCCGCAGCAGACCGUCGUGCUCAGCCUGUACCAUCUCGACUCUCCUAUGCCGAGAGCGCGUUGAAGACCUUGAGUUUGCCAGAAGCAUACGCGGAGAUUGUCCUGGAGCUGCCCCGUGCUCUGAAGCAGAUGUUCUACUCUCAGGAAAGCGACUGAAGCGAAGCGUGCGUGUAGAUAGUUUAUUUAACCUUACGGAUGUGCAUGUGGGUACCGAAUAUUCGACAGCAGAGUAGUAGUUUGAUUCUUCGCUAGGUGCCUGUCAUUCACGCUGCCUAAUGAUCGUCUGCCUGAAAACUUGGGCUAUGUUGCCUUGCAAAUUUUCACUAUGAAUUGUUUGA